AUGAAUAAAAACAAUAACAAUAAUAAUACACCAACAUCAUCAUGGAAAUCAGGAACUACUAAACCCACUACAACAACAACUACAACAAAUACAACAACAACCAAUAAUAAUCCUACUUCACCUAAUAAAACACAAACAUCAAAUGAUCUUGAUAUUGUAUCAAUAUUAUCAGCACCACCACCUUCUACUAAAAGAGUUUUCGAUCCAACUUCUACACCAAUAAAAGAUAAAAAGAGUACAGGAAGCACAGGUAGUAAUAGUUCAGGUAGUAAUAGUAAUUUAUCAUCACCAACUAAAUCAUUAACAAUUGAACAACAACAACAGCAACAAUCUAUUGGAAGAAAUAAUAGUUUUAAUAUUGGUAGUUUAAAAGCAAAUUCAUUGAGUAAUAGUUCAACAAGUAUAGGUAGUGAUGUUAAUUUUAUAAAUGAUCCAAAAUUAAAAAAUACAAAUAAUAAUAAUAAACAACAACAACAACCAAUAAAUAAAGAAUUAAUUGAUAGUAUAUUAAAUGAUGAUAUUAAUGAUGAUGAGGAUGAUGAAGUUGGUGAAAUAAUAAUAAAUAAUAAUAGUACUAUAAAUAAUUUUAAUUCUGACACAGAGUCAGAUUCAGAGGAGGUCGAUCCAGAGAUUUUAAAGAAAAUAUUGAAUGAGCAAGAUGAUGAUAUUAUAAUUGACGAAAGUAUGACAGUGGAUGAUAUUUUAAAAGAGGUUGCAACUCAAGAGGAUCAAGAGGAGAGUGAACUAUUGAAUGAGUUUAUAAAGUCACCAAUUCUAUCACAGAUUCAACAGGAAUUGGAUAUAAUGGAAUCACAGCAACCAAUGCUAUGGCAAUCGAGAAACAAUAGGUUGGUAGUGAAUGGAAUUGUAGUGGAACCACAAUCCUAUACAAAGAUAUCUGAACAAUUAUCAUCGAGCGAUAUUAGAAAAGUGGUUGGAUAUCCAACAUGUUUCACUGUGUCAAAGUUUAUUUGCAUUGGUACAUCGCAUGGGUAUUUGAUGAUUUUCAACUUCAACCAAGAGUUACUAUCGAUUAUCGGAGGUUCCAUAUGCUCUGAUUGCGGCCCUGUCACCGCCAUAGAUUCGCCAUCAUGCAGGGUCAACGAGGACUGGCUGGUCAGCGGCCACCAGUCAGGCCAUAUCAUACUGUGGGAUAUAGUGGGUGGCAAACCUAUCAAGGUCAUAGACAGAAUCCAUAAGUUGCCAUUGGUACACUUGAAAUUCUUUGCUGAUGGCGCCAGAUUCGUAUCGUCCGAUUCAAAUGGUAUCACUAAUAUCAUCUCGAUUACCAAAGGUUUCAUGUCAAUUGGUACCGAUCAACAAUUGUUACUAAAUGGUAACUUAGGUCCAGUAUUGUCCAUCGCGUUAUUAUUACCAGGCAAUCACGACCAUCCAACUGAUAGACAAGGUAUUGUGGCAUUAGCAACAAGUAGAAAAAUAUUAAUUAUUUCAACCUCAAGUGAUGGUGUUUCAAUUUUAAAUAAUAAAAUUACAAAACCAAAAAAUAUUAAUAAUAAUAGUGCAUCAGAGGGAGGUAGUGGCGGAGCUUUACCAUAUUUAUCAUGGCGUAGAGUGAUUUAUAAUAGAUCAUUAGGACAUACUAAACCAUUAGAACCAAUACUUGCAAUUGGUUGGGGUACAUCAAUUCAAUUACUUCAAAUUGUGACAGCACCAAAUGAUUUUAAAUUUCAAGCACCAGAAUUUAUAGUUGUAGCAAAUUAUCAAACUGAUCAUACAAUUUGUGGUUUGGAAUGGUUAGAUAGUCAAACUAUAUUAUUCCAAAAUUCAAAAGAUGAAUUAAGAGUAUUUGAUCCAUUCGCAUUGGAGGAGGUUGAAAGUGUUAAUAUCAAAUCUAUGCAAUUAAUUCAUCAUUCUAAAUAUCAAGGUAUUUCAGUAUACUCAUUUCAUAGUAGUAUUAAAACAUUGAAAUCUAGAAUUUAUUUCUUGGGUUUAAAUGGUUUAUUCACAGCACAUAUUUUAACAUGGAUAGAGAGAUUAUCAAUAUUGACCACCAAUGGCCAAUGGUUUGAAGCAUUAUGUUUAGCAUUGGAUUUCUAUGAAGGUAAAGCUAAAGCCUGCACAGGUCUAUCAAGUAAUACUGUGGAUUCUAAAUACAUCACGUCAGAGAAAAUCGUUGAAAUCAUAUCAAACCUUUGUCAAAGCAUUUUCAACAUCACUCAACCGGAAUUGUUGGCAGGUAAAUCGUUAAUACCAAAGAGCUACUAUCAACAAAUGGACCCUCGUAUUGAAUAUCUCAACAUUUACCAACAAUUGGCAUUGAUUUCAAUUGAAUUUUGUAUUGCUAUAAAAAGAACCGAUUUACUAUUUGGUGAAGUUUUUAAUUAUUUCUUUGAUAAUGAUAUGAAGAGUUGUAUAUUGGAUUUCUUGGAACCCUAUAUUCUAAAUGAUAGACUCACUCAUUUAAACCCAGAGGUUAUGCAAUACAUGAUGACCUAUUACCAAGAUUUGGGUAUAUUAGUUAGAGCAGAACAAUGUGUACUACAUUUGGAUAUCUCUUCAAUCGAUUUUCAUCAAACGGUGGUGUUAUGUAGAAAACAUGGGCUUUACAGCGCAUUGAUUUAUCUCUACAAUAAAGGAUUGAAUGAUUAUAUCACACCAAUGGAAGAUAUGAUGGAAGUUGUAAUUAAACCAAAUAAUUUAAAUAAUCAACCAACUGAAAUGGAUAAAAAUUCAAAAAGUGUAGCACAAAGAUUACUACUCUAUUUACAACUUAGUCUAUCGGGUAAAUCAUUUCCUAGUGGUCUAAUAGCACCAUCACGUGUUUUAUCAUUAAAAUCUGAAAUCUAUGAAUACCUCUUCCUUUGGAAUAUCGAUCCUGAUGAUCCAACACCAUAUCCAAGAAUUUAUAAUUUAUUAAAAAUGGAUACAACUGAAUUAUUAAAAAUUUUAUCAUUAGGUUUUUAUGAUAAAGGUUUUCAAAUGUCACCAAAUCAGCAACAGCAACCACAACAACAACAACAACAACAACAACAACAAAAUGAAAAUAAUGAAAACUAUUUAGAUGAAACUAUACCACAAUUAAGUGUACCAAAUUUACCAUUAAAUUUCCCAGUUUCAAGAUCAAAUUUAACAACAUUUAAUAUGAUCUCUGUAUUAUUAUUAAUUGUUAUCGAUAAGAGUCAACAUCCUUAUGAAUUGAAACCAAAUAAUAAAUGGCCAUUUUCAUUCCAACAACAAGGUCAACUGCUUUGUAUAUUAGGUAAAGUUUUCAUUGAUGGUUUAUUUCGUGUUGAUAAUAAUCUAUUAAAUAGAAUCAUUGGUAUGUUAUCAGUUACACCAAUUGAAAAUACACCAAUGUUUGAUUUAAAAACUAGACAAAGUGUAUUAUUAGAUAUUUUAAAGAUUAUACUCAAUAAUAAUAAUAAGAAUAAUAAGAAUAAUAAUGGUGGUAUGGCAAAUUUAGGUAGUGAUAUAAAUUAUGAUAAAUUAUUAGUUAGUUGUGAAGGUAAUGAAUUCUUUAAAGUUUGUCAAUACAUUUAUAGUAUAAAGAAUAAUUUCAAUAGAAUGAUCACUUGUCAAAUUAAAGAUCCAGAUAAUAAACAACAUUCAUUCGAUUAUAUUAGAGAGAUUUUAGCAAGACCUUCACUAACAAUUGAACAACGUGAAACUGUAAAAAAUACAUCAAUUUCAAAUUUAGCUCAACUCAUUCUAAUUGAUAGUGUUAAAACUGCUCAAUUAAUUAUGGAUUGUUUCUCUAGUGAUCAUGAAAAAGUUUUAAGAGAAUUAAGUUCAUUUCCAAAAUUACAAUUUACAUAUUUACAAGGUUUAUUUAAAAAAGGUACAACUAGUUCAAAUAAUAAUAAUGGCAAUAAUAAUGGUAAUAAUAAUAGUAAUAAUAAUAAUAAUAAUAAUAACAAUGGUAAUGGUAAUAAUAAUAAUAAUGACUUAUCAAUUAUUCAACAAUAUGGAAUACAUAUUUCACAAGAAACUCAUGAACUUUAUUUAAGAUUAAUGUGUAAUUUUUCACCAGAAUUAGUUAUACGUUAUUUAUCAUCAAAUGAUGAUUAUCCAUUAGAUAGUUGUUUAAAGAUUUGUCAACAAUUUAAUAAUUUGGAAGGUUCAAUUUAUUUAUUAGAGAGAAUUGGUGAUGUUUUUAAAGCAUUGGAUAUGUUAUUAUUGAUAUUGAAAGACAAGUUGGAUGAAUUAUUGAAAUACUAUGUUCAAGUAUUUGCAAAUGUUAAACAAUUAAAAGAAUCUGAUGGUAAUAAUAAUUUACAAGCACCAAGUAAGCAAGAGAAACAAGUGAUGACUGAUCUUUAUUCGGCCAUUUCAUUAUGUCAACGUAAUUCACCAAAAUUACAAGAUUCAGAGAAUGAGCCAUUAUGGUUCAGAUUAUUCGAUACCAUUGUAACUUGUAUUCAAAGAAUUAAACAGCAAUCGAAUCAAGGUGUUUUUAGUAAACAAUCGGCAAUCUAUUGGAAAUCUUUGAAUUUCCUCUCGAAAUUAGUUCAUUCAAUUUUAAAUUCAAUGAUGGGUUAUGUUGCAUUGCCUGUGAUUCUCUCAAGAAUUGUCAAUGAAUAUGGUGGUAAUGAGUUGGGUGAUUUCAAAUCAAUUAUCACCGAUAUGAUGGAUACUUGUACUUUUGAAACUAUAAUCUUAAAGACUGCAAAUGACUUGAUUCAAGCUGAUAUGUUCUCUGCCACUCAAACUUUUGUUGAAAAAUUAUCACGUGCUUACACUCCAAACAUUUCAAAAUGUGGUAUGUGCUAUCGUCCACUAAGUGAAGCUCCAAUAGCAAAACAACAACCAAAUCAUACUAUGGCACUUGAUACAUUAAUUGUAUACCAAUGUAAUCAUACUUUUCAUUCUGAAUGUCUUGGAAAACAUAAAGUUUGUCCAUUAUGUUCAAAAGAAAAAGAACGAAAGAAAUUACCAUCAUCAUUAACUAGCAAUAAUAAUAAUAUCAAUAAUAAAACAGUACAUCAACAACAACAACAACAAAAAGAAAAAGAAAAAGAAAAAGAAGAUGAAGAAUUAUUAGAUGCUGUCAAAUUUGAUGUAUCAAAAUAUGAAAAAGAGAAAACUCAAAAGGAAACUGCUAAAUAUAUGGAAAGAUUAGAAAAUUAUUCAAAAUUAAAUAGACGUAUUGGUUAUAGUAAUUAUACUGCUUUUAAAUCUUUUGAAAGUCAUGAUAAAGAACAAAAAAGUCAAAAACCAAAAGGUAGAGUACAACAACAUAUGCAACAACAUCAACAACAACAACAACAACAACAAAAACAAAGACAAAGAAGAUAA